AUGGGCUGGCAGGGAGGCGACGGAAUGCGCGGAAGGGGGAGAGGACGUGGCGGAGGGAAAGGCGGGCGCGGGUACGGCGGAGUAGCAGGCGGCGGAGCGGGCGGAGGUGGCGCGGAGCGAGGCUCUACAGCGGAGCAACACGCUUUUGCGCCACGCGUGCUGGACCCGUCUCUCUCGCAGUACUUCACGGAAAUCGCCACCGCGUGGGAAGACACCCCCGACCCGCAAGACCGAGCCUCCAUCGCUGCCAAUGCUCUGGAGGAGGCUCGGGGGAAGGAGCACCAGCUUCUGUGGGACACCCAGACCUGCCGCACGCUCGAGCCACUCCUCUCCGCCGCCCCCCCCGCCGCCGCCACCCGCUUCCUCGCCGGCGCCUGCUGCUGCGCGCGCAGGAGGGGAGAGGCGGAGGGGCAAGGCGCGGGGGGAGGAGGGGAGGGAUCGGGGGAGCGGGAGGUGAAUGUUUGUCGGGAUGUAUUGGCGCAUGGGCUUGCAUCGAGGGUGAUUGAAGCGGGUCUGCGGAAUAUCCGCGCGUGGGUGACGGGAGAGAGCAGGACACGUGGCAGUGCAGGAUUGGACGAAAACGGGGCAGGAGACGACGAGAACGAGGAGCAGGAUGGGGAGGGGGAGGAGGAAGAAAACGAGGAGGAGACGGAAGGCCAGGGUGAUUUACCCAAAUGGACCGGAACAGUGCGGGUGGUUUUGAAAAAGAUCUGCAAAGAAGUGACGGAGUAUCCCCUAGCAGCCAUGACUAGCCCGGCUUGCUCCCACGUGUUGCGCUCGCUGCUGCUCCUCCUCGCCUGCCGCCCCAUCCACGACACGCCCGCAGCAGCAGAGGGCACGAGGAAGGCCCGGCGGGAUGGGGCUGAUAGCGUGGGUGGGGAGGAGAAGAGGGAGCAGGGCGGGGAGGAGGCGGGGGAGGAGCGGAGAGAGGGUGGGGCGGGGAGAAGGUUCGGCGGCCGCUUGCCUCCGCAGAUCCAGCGGGCAGCUGGAAAUUUCCCGCCGUCCUCUGGUGCGACCUUUCCAGGGCUGCCCGGAAUGGCCGGGCAGGGUACAGGCUUGGCUGGAGGGAAGGAAGUGGGAGCAGCAGCAGGGGGUGCAGAAGCAGCGGCAGCAGCGGAGAGGGGGAGGAGGGUGGGGGCGGCGUUGGGGUUUCCGGCGCUGCUGCAGCGGGUGGUGGUGGGGGUGACGGCGGCAGCAGCGGGGGCAGACGAGGCGGUGCCGUCAGCAGCAGUGGCGUGGUCGCCCUAUGGGGACUCGUGGACCCUCGCCUGUGACCCCUCUGCUGGCCCUCUGCUGCAGGUGCUGUUGGACGUGAUUCGCGAUGAUGCUGCCCUGCUCACCCACGUCAUCACCUCUCUGCUCCACCUGCCCGAGGCUGCGCUUCGGGCUGCGGCGAAAAAAAGGAAACGGGCAGGGCCGGGCAAGCAAGAGGGAGAGCGUGGGAAGAAGAGAAGCAGAAGAGAAAAGGAGGAGGGGGGAGAGGAAGGAGAUGAGGAGGAGGGGAGAGGAGGAGCAGAGGGGGGCGAGGAAGGGGAGGAAGCGGACCAGCAGGUGGAGGAGGAGGUAGGGCAGAUCAUUGAGCUUAUGAAGGACCGAUGUGGCUCGAGAUUCAUGGAGGUGAGGGGGGGUUGGCUGACGCAACCGGGAUUCAGCUCGCCCCACAAUCCCUCCGCUCCUCGCUCCUGCAAAUGGCCUUGCUCCCCCACCUGCUGCCCCUCGCGCUGCACCCCAUUGCCAACAACACCGUGCAAACCGCCCUCUCCGCCCUCCACUCCCCCUCAACUCCCUGUCUACCCCUCUUGGUGUUUUCAAGCAGCUUUUUUCUCCCUCUCUCCCCCAUCCGCCCCCUUUCCGCAGGCUGUUCUCCUGCUCGCCCCACAGUCCCUCCGCUCCUCGCUCCUGCGAGUGGCCCUGCUCCCCCACCUGCUGCCCCUCGCGCUGCACCCCAUCGCCAACUACACCGUGCAGACCGCCCUCUCCGCCCUCCACUCCCCCUCCGACGUCAAACGCGCCUUCAAGGCGCUGGCAGAGAGGGGGACAGGGGAAGGAGAAGGGGAGGAAGGGGGUGGAAACCGUGGGGAGGAGGGGGGGGAAGCGGUAGGGAGAGGGGAGGGGUUGUUGGCGCUGCUGAAGGGGGGCAGGGGCCGGGCCUGUGACAGCCUGCUAGCAGCCCUUUCCUCAUCGCCAGCACCAUCACCAGUGGACGCGGCAGCAGCAGAUGCGGCAGCAGUGGGCGAUCUGCUGUGGCUGGAUGCGUGGCUGGCAGUGAGGGUGAACGAUGUGCGCUCCAACCGAGCCAAGAAGCGCCAGCAGCAACAAGGAUGGGGGUCCGUGCCGGUGACAGAGCGCGGAGCGGUCUCCUUUGUGGGCUGCAUGGCGCUGCAGACCAUCUUCUCGUUUCCCAUGGCGGCGUCGCAGAGGGUGGUGCAGGCGUGUGUGGCGCUGCCGCCCUCCUACCUCAUGCAUCUGGCCACGGAUGUCAAGGGCACCCGCGUGCUCUCCGCCUUCUUCCGUGCUGCCACUGUCCCCCUGGACCUCAAGACCACCAUGCUCAACAGUUUGAAGCCGCGCCUGACGACGAUAGCAGCAGAUCGGCUGGGUGCGUUUGUGGUGUCGGCAGCAUUUGAUGCCAUGACGGUGGAAGGCAAGCAGAUGAUCCUCGCUGAGCUGGCGACGCGCUAUUCGUCGGCGUCGUCCUCUCUGCUGCAGCGGCCUCUCUUCCGUCACAUGAGCCUCGCAGAGGUCUACCCUAGUAAGCAUCUCGCGCGCCUUGCUGUUCAGUUCAGUUCAGUCUCACCUGUUCCCCUUAUGUACGUCCUUCUCUUGCUCGCCCCUCCCCACUCCACACCCACCAGAUACCUGGAGAGCCCAGAGGCAUGGCAGAAGCAGCAGCAGCGCAAGGAGGGCCUGCUGCGAGAGUUCCAAGACCUGCUUGCGCCUGCUCCCGCUGCCUUACCCUCACUGGCGCCUGCUCCCCCUGCACUGCCUUCCGCCUCCGCACCUGAUGCCAAGCCUCGUAAGAAGAAGAGAGAACCGACUGUGGAAGUAGCAGCUUCGGCUGUGACUAAGAACACGAAAAGUGGGAAGAAGAGAAGAGGGGGGGGUGAGGGGGAUGAGGGGGAAGAGGGGCGGCAUGGAGGGAGUGAUGUGGGAAGCAGAGGGGGAGGCAAGUCUGGGGAGGCGUUGAGAGGCAUUGUGGAGCAGUUGGAGCUGGGGAGUGAGUUGGCAAUGUUGGGGUUCAGUGGUGACGGUGGGGAAAUGGGACAGGAUGAGAUGGAUGGUGGGAGUGUUUCGAAGAAAAGAAAGGACAAAUCUGCUGGUGCUGCACCCAAGAAAAGAGGCCGUGUGUGA